CAGGAUGGUUCUAGAAGAUGUCGUUUCUGGCGAAAUACCCGAGUCGGUUGGGGAUCUGGCAAAGCUGUCGAUCAUAGUGAUAAGAGGCACUGGUAGCCGGAGUGCCAACUAUGGCCUAACUGGUGCUAUUCCAGAGUCCAUCAGCCAGCUGACGGGCCUUGUUGAGCUAGAGUUGUCAAAUGUUAGGCUCAUCGGCGACAUUCCUUCAGUGCUCUUCACUCUUCCACGCCUCACCCGCAUAAUCAUAAGGGACAACGGUUACCAGCCUUUUUCUAUUUCAGAGCCCAUCAGUCAGCUAAUCAACCUUGCUGAGCUAGAGUUGUCCAACGUUGAGCUCACUGACAGCGUUCCGCCAGCGCUCAUCACUCUGACACACCUCACCCGCAUAAUCAUAAGAGGCAACAGUGAAUAUUACCAGUCUUACUACUCCCAGUCUUUCUCUUUAACGCAGUCCAUCACUCAGCUAGCCAACCUUGCUGAUCUAGAGUUGUCCAGCAUUGACCUCACUGACGGCAUCCCUUCAGAGCUCUUCACUCUUACACACCUCACCCGCGUAGUCAUAAGGACCGAAGACUACUCGUCUUUUUCUUUUCCAGCGUCCAUCAGUCAGCUCACCAACCUUGUUGAACUUGAGUUGGCAAGGCUGGAUCUCACUGGGGGCAUACCGUCAGCGCUCUUCGACCUCACACACCUCACCCGCAUGUGAGUCUCCUAUCGGGACCCCGUCUACUCUCGUUCGCCCUGGUGCUCUAUCACUGCAAAACAGUCUCCAAGGGACAUGCAGGCGUCCGGGGCGCCCAAGGGGGGCCACUCCAGGGGAGAGGCCUCGUUCACCUUCCCCAGGUACGAGAGCGCUUGUCCCCGUUGGAGUGUGAUGGACCAGCGUUGCCGGAACUGGCUGAGCAGUUUUGCGGCUUGGUAGGAGCUGGGGUCGGCGUUGAAAAGGCGGCGGGCGGCCGUGUGUGCCAGGAGUUUGAGGAAGGUGGGCACCUCGGCGCAGGGGCAGCCGUAUGUCUCUACCGCCAGCGGGAAAAAGCCGACGUACUCCGCCCGGCUGCGGUAGUCGUCGAUCUUUUUGUCGGCCUGCUCUCUGGCCAUGUAGCCGCGGCCUUUACGGGCUAGCGGGUCUCGUGAGCUGACCGGGUCGGUGACGGUGACAUCGCAGAUCCACACCGCCCCCGAGUCCCGAUCCCGGAUGGCAAGGUCGGCGGUUUUGCCGUCGACCGGGUUGUAGAUCGCCGUCUCUUUGGUGACGAUGAAUUGGGCGUCCCGUGCCAUGCGGAUGCACUCGUCCCUGAGUGCGUUAUGGGUGUCGGUGCGGCCGUGUCCGGUCCCACAGCGGAACAGGUGGUUCGGGAGUCGUGGGUCCAGGAUCUGUACCCGCUUGGUGCAGUUGCACACCUUGGGUGCGGGGAAGGGGAGGCCCAGGCGGAAUGCCAGGGCUAUGGCGAAGUGCGGGGGGGCGAGGCGGAGGGAGGGGAAGAGUGGGAUAGCGAGGAGCCAGUCUCCUGCGCCAUAACCGGUGAGGGAGAGGAGCCGUUGUGUGUGGCCGCUCUUGGGGUUGAGUUCCAUCUCCCGGGUGGCCGCCAGCUGAGCAGCAAACCGUGCCGCGUGGACUUCCAGGGCGAGUCGGUGCUGGAGGGGCUCGUCUGAGGGCUCCAGGCGCUCGGCUCGCAGGAGCUCCAGGGCCGGGGCCGGGAGUGCUGCCUCACACUCCGCCAGCCAGGCCCCCUAGGGAGGGUGGGAGUGAGGCCUGCUCCCAGGUGCGUGCAAGUUCCCGCUCUCCCCGUGGUGUCUGGAGUUUGCAGGAGCGGAGGAGGGUAAGGAAGAGCUCCCGCCCCCAAAUGGACCAUUCCCCCUGUGGGAGCAGGUUCAGUGGGGUUGUGCGGGGCCAGCAGGGCGCGCCUCAGGCUGCCUCGGCGGACCAGCCCCUCGGCUCGAGAUAUUUUGCCGAGGGUGUCCCCUGUGUGACGUGGCGCCGGUGGGUCGUGGAUGGCGUCCACUGCUGCCAGGUAAAGCUCGUGCCAAUCGCCUGCCAGGAACUGCUGGAGCCUUUUUUCCACGGUGGGCCAGUCAGGGUGCUUUGGCGAGUUGAGGCGAAGUGUCAGUCGAGGUGCGAAAAGUAACAGGCGCCAGCCUGGCAGGCUGGCCGCGCUGCGAGCGGCGGCGGCCGGAGGCCGCCGACGCGAGCCGCUGGCAAGGAAGGAGAAAUGAGAACUGAACUAAAAACAGAGGAGAAUGAGAGGGAGAGGGCCUUAUAUAGCUUGGGAACCCAUGCUCUCUCUCUCUCGCUCUCUCUCUCUCGCUCUCUCCGCUGGCAAGGAAGGAGAAAUGAGAACUGAACUAA